UUUUAACUAUUUUUUCUUUUCACCAAACACAGAAUGUUAUGUCUAAGCGUUCUCUCAGAAUUAUGGCUAAUCACUCAACAAAUCCUCACCUUCCACAGCCACCCCAACAAUUCAUUAUUCGACUCUUUAUUUCAACUUUUAUUUGGCGCUGUGUUAGCAACAAGUAUGGUAUUAGCUAUUUGGCUAGAAAAUUGUACCCUUUUAUUGCCCUAUCUGUUAAUGCAAAGUGUGGGUCUAUGCGCUUUUUUAACAAUUUUCUUGGCUUUAAUUUAUAUUGUGGUGUUGGACAGGGAUUUGGAAACUAUUGAAUUUUUACUUGAUAAGUAUUCGCCAGUAAGUCUGGAUGAAGGAAUGAGUGAUGGAUACAAAAGUUUGUUUCGACAACUUUCUAAAGAGAUAUAG